CGGCGGGCACCGGAGGAGUCACAUCGUUCCGGAGAGCGCGGCUGUGCCCCUGGGCCCCGAGCGGUCCGCCCCCGCGGCUCCUGGUCAGACUGCCCGCAGGAUCCCCUGCCCAGCGCCGCAGCCAUGAACUACCUGCGGCGCCGCCUGUCGGACAGCAACUUCAUGGCUAAUCUGCCAAAUGGGUACAUGACAGACCUGCAGCGCCCGCAGCCGCCCCCGCCGCCGCCCGCUGCCCCCAGCCCCGGGGUCACGCCCGGUCCCGCGUCCGCCACUGCCGAGAGGGCUUCCUCAGCCGCCCCUGUGGCCCCUCCAGCCGCCCCUAGCCCCGGGUCCUCGGGGGGCGGCGGCUUCUUCUCGUCGCUGUCCAACGCGGUCAAGCAGACCACUGCGGCCGCUGCCGCCACCUUCAGCGAGCAGGUGGGCGGCGGCUCUGGGAGCGCAGGCCGCGGGGGCGCCGCCGCUAGGGUGCUGCUGGUCAUCGACGAGCCGCACACCGACUGGGCGAAAUACUUCAAAGGAAAAAAGAUUCAUGGAGAAAUUGACAUUAAAGUAGAACAGGCUGAAUUCUCUGAUCUCAACCUCGUGGCUCAUGCCAAUGGUGGAUUCUCUGUGGACAUGGAAGUUCUUCGGAAUGGGGUGAAGGUCGUGCGGUCUCUGAAGCCAGACUUUGUGCUGAUCCGCCAGCAUGCCUUCAGCAUGGCAAGGAAUGGAGACUACCGCAGUUUGGUCAUUGGGCUGCAGUAUGCCGGAAUCCCCAGUGUUAACUCUUUACAUUCCGUCUACAACUUCUGUGACAAGCCCUGGGUGUUUGCCCAGAUGGUUCGACUGCACAAGAAACUGGGGACAGAGGAAUUCCCCCUAAUCGAUCAGACCUUCUACCCCAAUCAUAAAGAAAUGCUCAGCAGCACAACGUACCCUGUGGUUGUGAAGAUGGGGCAUGCACACUCUGGGAUGGGCAAGGUCAAGGUAGACAACCAGCAUGACUUCCAGGACAUCGCAAGCGUCGUGGCACUGACCAAGACGUAUGCCACUGCCGAACCCUUCAUUGAUGCCAAAUAUGAUGUGCGUGUCCAGAAGAUUGGGCAGAACUAUAAGGCCUACAUGAGGACGUCCGUGUCAGGGAACUGGAAGACGAACACUGGCUCUGCAAUGCUUGAGCAGAUUGCCAUGUCUGACAGGUACAAGCUGUGGGUGGACACGUGCUCAGAGAUCUUUGGGGGACUGGACAUCUGUGCAGUGGAAGCACUGCAUGGCAAGGACGGAAGGGACCACAUCAUUGAGGUGGUAGGCUCCUCCAUGCCACUCAUUGGAGACCACCAGGAUGAAGAUAAGCAGCUCAUCGUAGAGCUUGUCGUCAACAAGAUGGCCCAGGCCCUGCCCAGGCAGCGGGAUGCCUCCCCGGGCAGGGCCUCCCACAGCCAGACUCCAUCCCCAGGGGCCCUGCCCUUGGGCCGCCAGACCUCCCAGCAGCCUGCAGGGCCCCCAGCUCAGCAACGACCCCCACCACAGGGUGGCCCUCCACAGCCGGGCCCAGGUCCCCAGCGCCAGGGACCCCCACUGCAGCAGCGCCCGCCCCCACAGGGCCAGCAGCACCUUUCGGGCCUUGGACCCCCAGCUGGCAGCCCCCUGCCCCAGCGCCUACCAAGUCCCACAUCAGCACCCCAGCAGCCUGUGUCCCAGGGUCCACCGCUGACCCAGGGUCAAGGCCGCCAGUCCCGGCCAGUGGCCGGAGGACCUGGGGCACCUCCAGCAGCCCGCCCACCUGCCUCCCCAUCGCCCCAGCGCCAGGCGGGACCCCCACAGGCUACUCGUCAGACAUCCGUCUCCGGUCCAGCUCCACCGAAGGCCUCGGGGGCCCCACAGGGUGGGCAGCAGCGCCAGGGCCCACCCCAAAAGCCACCAGGUCCUGCUGGCCCAACACGCCAAGCCAGCCAGGCGGGCCCCAUGCCCCGCACUGGGCCACCCACCACGCAGCAGCCUCGGCCCAGUGGCCCGGGCCCUGCUGGACGUCCCACCAAGCCACAGCUGGCCCAGAAACCCAGCCAGGAUGUGCCACCACCUGCCACCGUCGCUGCCGGGGGACCCCCGCACCCCCAGCUCAACAAAUCCCAGUCUCUGACCAAUGCCUUCAACCUUCCAGAGCCAGCCCCACCCAGGCCCAGCCUUAGCCAGGACGAGGUGAAAGCUGAGACCAUCCGCAGCCUGAGGAAGUCUUUCGCCAGCCUCUUCUCCGACUGACACCCCACCUUGAGAACCCCCAAAUCCCUGGCAACCCUUCUCUGGGCCCUGAAUUCAUUUCUCACUUUUGGAGCCUCCAAAUCCCUUGAGAACUCCUCUCCUGAUCCUCCCAGAUCCCACUUCCCAUCCCUUGGGAAACCUCACUCCUGGUCCUAAAUCCAAUUAUCAAGUUUGGAAUCCCCAAGUCCUUCUAAACCCCCACAUCUGGUCACUUCAAGACCUACUUCUCAGUUUUAGAGCCCCCAAGUUCCUGAAGACCUCCACUACUGGCCCCUCCAGAGUGCAGUUUUCCUUCCUGGAAGCUCCCAAAUUCCAGGCAACCUAUUUCUCGCUUAACACCACUGAAUCCCCUCCUGGAGCCCUGACAUUCCUGGAAUACCUUACUCCUGGUCCCAGAUCUCUCAAGCAUACCUUGUUCCCCAUCAAAAUUUUCCAAAUCCUUAGGAAACUCUUUUUUCUUUAAACACUAUCCUAUCUCUCUGGAGAUCUACAUCUUCAAAUGCUAUCACCCACACUCACAAGGAUUUCCCUUCACCCUCCUUCAAACUCAUUCAACACAUUGGGAAUUCCUCCCGUUUCUAGGUCCCCUCAGUUCCCCUAGGGACCCUCUCCCCAAUUUCCUGCCUCUGACAGCUGUCUUUAAAUAUGCAAACUCCACCCACCCUCCCAGAAUCCUUUGCACAUGGAAGGCCAGUGGUCCCCCACUUCCCCACCUCUGCAGUGAUGUCUGUGUCUGUGACUGAUGUGGCCUCCUCUUGUGCCGUGCUUGGCAUAUGUGGUCCUUGUUCAUCGUGCCGCCUGUGGUAAUGCGUGCGCAGUGAUGCUGUUUGUGUGGUCUGCACCUCCCCUCAACCUCUAUUCCUUGCCUGGACUUACCCCUGCCCCUCAGCGGCUCUGAACCCCAAGAGAAGUCGGGAAGCAAAAUAAACAAGCAAAAGCCCAGCA